CAUAAACAAAGUUGAAAGUUUACAAACCUUGCCGACAUUUAUUAAUUCAAAUAAUCAAAUAUGUAAUUACAGAUUCUGUGUUAAAAGUUCUGAAUUUUAAAAGGUGGCAUGCUGUAAGUAAUAAAUAAGUAAUGGCUUACCAAGCAGCAGAACCUCCAGGCACACCAUCUCGCCGCUCAAGAAGGUCAUGGUUUGAUGCUCCUCCUCUCACAACUUUAGAUCCACCCACUUUAGAAAGGACAGAUUUAAAAGCUAAAAGACGGAGUAAUGAUUCCAUUGAAACUCUUAUUUUGACCCAUUUCACCAACCCUCCAAGGAUCAGCUUUGGAAAGAUUUUAGUGGGGAAGACUAAGCUGAGAACCCUACUUCUCAGGAACCCUCAUGACUAUGAACAAGAAGUCAUUGUGGAAAGAUUUCCUUUCAAAAAGAAGUUCAUGGUUAAUCAGACUAGAUUUACUGUGGCACCAGAGGAAAUAUUUAGCCUUGAAAUUACAUGGACUCCUGAUGAAGAUGGAGGCUUCAGAGAGAUGAUUCAAUUUCACAUCAAUGAGUGCUACAGGCUCCAGGCUUUCAUGUUUGGUACUGCAGAGAAACCCAAGCCUCAAAGAAAGAUGAGAAGACACCAGUUGGCUCCUCGUAUCAAGGAACCACCAACAGUUGUUCAGACGUCUGCACUCACUAGCAUUCAAUCAAGUUACAGUCCCAGGCGCAGUCAGGAGGUGUUGGAUAUGUUGGAAGACCUGUCACGGAUUUCUAAAUCUGAGAACAAGGAGAAUAGCCAAGGUGUGUUAACAAGUGAAUCAAUGAAGAAGGAGAAUAGUCGUGGUGUGUUAGCCAGUGAAUCUAUGAAGAGGGAGAAUAGCCAUGGUGUGUUAGCCAGUGAAUCUAUGAACAAGGAGAAUAGUCGUGGUGUGUUAACAAGUGAAUCUAUGAACAAGGAGAAUAGUCAAGGUGUGUUAACAAGUGAAUCUAUGAAGAGGGAGAAUAGUCGUGGUGUGUUAGUCAGUGAAUCUAUGAAGAAGGAGAAUAGUCUUGGCGUGUUAGCCAGUGAAUCUAUGAAGAAAAAGAAUAGUCGUGGUGUGUUAACCAUUGAAUCUGAGAACAAAUUUUUAGAGCAGGGAUCUGUGAUCACGCUGUCAACACAGUCCUGCAUUGAGGGCAAAUGUCUUGAAGAAUUUGUUGCCAAAAAUAAGGUUAGCGCUGAGGAGGAAAUUUUGAAGUCACCCACACCUCUUGAGUCAACCACAAUCACAAGCUUACAGGAUAAAGGGCAAGCAAAUCAGAAGAAUAGAAGGCAGUGGAGGAACAUCACAGGUAUUACCUCCCCUACACUCAACACUAUGAGCCCCAUACCUCGGACUGAGGGCAACGACAAUGGAAUUAUUGUUGAUUCUUAUUAUCAACCCAACGAGACUGGCGUGGAUGUGUCAAUCAAGGCCCGGCCAAAUGAGGAGACGGACAUGCCCCGUCAAACAAAAAAACUGUCAGGGGAUCUUAAAAAGACAUUUGUCGUACCCAUGUUGCCAUCUGAGCCUGAAAGUUUCACCCAGAUCAAGAGGAAGAAACUGGACUGCGCUGAGGAUAGAACUAGUCACAUGACAGGAUCUAACCUGUUUAUCACCAGAGAUGUGCCCAUCCCUCCCCAGGUCUGUAGAACUGACGAGACUCAGUGUGUGCAAGCAAAAAUUUCUUGCGAUGAGCAGAAAAAUAGACACACUGGUGUGAAGAUGUCACCUGGCAAUAGUUUAGGGGUCGGUAACUCCAGUCCGGCCUCGCCCAGAACCAUGCUGAACCAGUCCUUGUCCAUGAUAUCACAGAUGAAGUUCCCAAGGUCCUCUCUAGGCUCUCCUCAGGACGCCAACCAGAGUAUGAACUGUAGCUUGAUAUCUCUAGGCCAGGGCGCCGUCAGCCCUAACUCUUUUAUGGAAGACAUGAAGAGCAUGCGCUGUGAGAGUUCCAGGAACACCAGCACCCCGCUGAUCCCCAGCCCCCUGUCUGUUUUAAACAACUCCAUCCCCCACAGUGUGAUGGUCAACCAUCUAAAAAAUAUCAAAUCCUCACUCAACUCGCCAGUGAUGGCGCUGCACCAGUCCGAGUCAACCAGGUGUGUCAAGGACAUCUCUAAACCUGCCAUGAAGGCGGCUCCCAUGCGCAGGUCAAUCACCUCACAAUUUAACAAACAACAAUUAAAGAAAAUCGCCAUCGCAGCUUCUGCUGUCACCAAGGAUGCGCAGGUUUUAACCAGGACUACCACCAUGAAAGAGAUUCACAAAAAAAGUUCCGCAGGUUCCAGGCCACUUUCCACAGAAAUGCCAAGUCCAAGAAGAGGCACUUUCAUACUGAAGAAAGCUGAGAUGGAGGCUAGGAAGUUGGCACUGGCUAAAAAAUCCCCCAGAAAAUCUCCAUCUCUGAAAAGAAGCUUGUCCAAGAGAUUACAAAAGAAGUCGCCAAAAAGAUGUUCACCAUUCAAAAAAUCUCCUAAAAGAUCUACUCAAGAAUUGGCCAUGAAGCGAGUCAAAAGUAAAGUUGGGAAAGAAAACAUCUUCUCCCUAGAAAGUUGCCCGUUUCCCAUUGUUGACCCUAGAAGUGAUGAUGUUCCUACUGGGGUGAAUGUGCAGGGAACCGAUGGCGUGGAGGUCUAUAAGGGAGACAACACAACUGAAGGGGAAGACACCGGUGUUGAAACUCUUGGUCUAAGCACACCAGUGAAAGACAAUGAAAGCUUGAGAUACUUUGAUGACUUGCUGGCAGGUGAGGGGAACAGUUCCCUGAGAAAUGUGUCUGUGACAAGACAAGGGAAGCUAUUCCCAGACAUCCAGGUUCCAGAUCUAUGUGAUGGUCAGACUGUGGAUACAGAGGUGGAUGUGGAUUGUGUGGCCCAAGCUGAUGUCAAGCCACAGGUUGAUCCUGAGAACCUCCUGACAGCUCAUCCCCCUAGAUCCACUUGUCUGCAGAGGGUUGUGAUGGCGGCAGAGAAAUCCAUGUCCCCACAGAAAUUUCUGCCGGUGUCUCCCAGCACCCUGCCCACCAGCCCUGGCCAGGGGUUUGAGCUGUCCAGACGGGGAACUCUGACGGUGACCAAAUCAAGGCCGUCAGACGCUCUCCUCACUGCCAUGAGCAACAGGAAAAAGCUGUUCUCAGCGUCACCACUGAAAGCAGCUGGCUACAGCAUGGACGAGGAUGGCACAGUUACCAAGGAGGACAUCAGGGUCCGUGUUGAGGAGCACUACGAGGAGGUGGAUGGGAAGAUGUACGUGGUGGUCAAGGAGAUCACAGACGUGGUCAAGUCCACCACAGAAACCUACAUGGAACAGCUGGGUGUCAGCCCCAAACAUUUCCAGACUCCAGGCAGACUUCCCAGCAGCCCUGACCCCUACCAGUCCAGAAGAUCUACACACGUCGUUCGCAGUCCAAAAGUUUUAAAUAAAAACGAGGUUGACAAAAGACGCUUGUUUGUUAGUGAAGAAAGUCAAUCCAACAAUGAGAUUCCUGAGGAAAAAGAUCCCUCGCUGACAGAAGAAUCCAAACCAGCUGAUAGUUCAUCCAUCAAGUCUGACACUUUUGACAAGGAACCAACCAUCUUACUUUCACCAGCAGAGGUAAAAUUUGUAAGUUUCAAGGGAGAUCAGGCUCCAAUCACAUCUGUCUGUGUUAUGUCCCCUAGGCUUGUGGAAUAUGAUGUAGCAUCAGAGGAAGGCAGUGCUGAUGUCACCAGAGACUCUUUAGAAACAACUCAGUCCUCCGACUCCCUGAACAAGAGCACCACGUGUGACGCUGUGACAGACAAAGUAGAAAGCAGAAUUGUCAGUGACAGUAAAAACGCUGAACUAAAAAAUAGCAUGAGCCAGUCCUCUGUUAUGACAGUGUCUGAGUAUUACUCAACAGCUAAUUCCCCAGAGUGCAGUCAUGAUGAAAACUCUGUGCUUGACCACUGCAACGUCUCCCAACAGCUAGUGUGGCCAGCUGACCAGCGGUCUAAGACUGGAGAUGACCACAGGUCUGAGGCUGGAGAUGACCACAGGUCAGACGCUGACAGUGGAGAUGACGUCUAUUAUGACACACUCAGUGAGACUUACUUUGAAAAUUUAAAUGACAGAAAAGAUGCCAAACUCAUCAGUGAUGAGGCUGAAAUCAUAAAUGAAGCAAAUUUAAAAUCCACAUCAGAAAUAACUUCUUGUACUAGUGAAUUGAAAUUACAAUCUGCAACAGGAAGUGCUACUGGUGAAGAUAAAACUAUGUCUGUUCACUGUGAGGUAUCUCCCCAUAGUUUGAAUGAGAUCUCUUCAACAAACUUGAGUCCUGUCCGAUGCCAAAAUGAUGAACAAUGUUCACACAAUGAAGAUAAUAUUAAAGCUGAAAACUGCAUUGACCGCUUGGAAUGCUUUGUUGUCAUGGAAACAGAAAUGCUUGAAUUCCAAAAACCUCAACCAGAAGAAAUAACCACAGGAGAUUUUGUUACUAACAGAACCAAACAGGAGCUGAUUACCACAGGAGAUUUGGUUAACUUGUCAGACAGAACCACGGGAGAUUUGGUUAACUUGACAGGCAGAACCAUGGGAGAUUUGGUUAACUUGUCAGACAGAACCACGGUAGAUUUGGUUAACUUGACAGACAGAAGCACACAGGAGCUGGUUAACUUGACAGACAGGAAAAAACUGCGCAGAUCUGUUUCAGCAGACACCAUCUUGCCUGCUGCUGCCCAAGUCUCUGAUUUACAAAAAAGCUCAAGGGUCAAGUUUGGAGAAAACAUGGCAGGUGAUAAAAUUAGCGCCAGACAGCCAUUCAGCCCUUCUAAAUUUAAAAAGCCAACUGUGGGUGCUAACAAGAUAGAUUCUAGAACUGCUGCAGUGGGCCGUCAAAAAUCUUUAGAGCGCCCUGGCCCAAAUUUAAAAAUGAGAAGCCAAAGUAUGACAAACUUGUUGUCACAGACUGAGAAGAAAAAGUCCCCUAAAAAGACAGUCACAGAAUCCUUGGUGAAGAAAGAACCAGUAAAACCAGCCUCCAUUGUCAACAAAAACCUGAUGAAAACAAAGGCCCCAGCCAAAGGGGUGGCACAAAGCAGACUUAUACUGGUUAAAAAACCUAAAACAGGAGCUCCACGCCAUCCGAUGCCUUUUGCUGCACGCAACAUGUAUUAUGAUGAGAGGUGGAUAGAGAAACAGGAGAGGGGCUUCAUCCAGUGGCUCAACUUUGUCUUGACUCCUCCGGAUGAGUAUGUGGCUGUUACAUGUAAGCAAAAAGUGGAUGCUGGCUCGUUAUCUCUGGAGAAUCGGCAAGUAGCUGCAAGACUGGCUCCCACUAAAGAAAUAUUGUCAUUUAGGUCGUACGCUGCUCGCAGAAGGCUCAACCGUCUGCGCCGCUCAGCUUGUGAGCUCUACCAGUCAGACGCCAUGGUGAACAUUAUCUGUAAGAUUGAGGUGGAGGUGGAAAGCAGAAGGCUGGCUGCUCGCAAGGACAAGAUGAUCCAUGCUGACCUUGGUAUAAAACAACGGCUUCUAGAUUUGCUGCUACAUUAUAGCUCUUUGUGGCUGAGGAUUGGAUUAGAGACAGUCUUUGGUGAGGUGGUAAUGCUACAGUCUAACACAGAUAUUGUAGGUCUGUCCAGAUUUAUUGUCACCAGACUUUUAGCAUCACCAGAUAUAGCAGCAGAGUUUGCACACCCAACUGUUCCCCAUUUGUACAAGGAAGGCUAUGCUGCAGCUGUGUCCAGACACACCAUCAAGAAGUUCCUACUGCUGGUCUACUUCCUUGACCAGGCCAAAUCUUCUCGUCUGAUUGACCAUGACCCUUGCCUUUUCUGCAAAGAUGCAGAAAUUAAGUCGAGCAAAGAAAUUUUGAUCCAGUUUUCCCGCGAGGUGUUGAGUGGUGAGGGAGACUUGACUCGCCAUCUGGCCUAUCUUGGCUACAUGGUCAACCAGACCCAGAAGCCAAUCGAUGAGUUUGAUUUUGCUGUGAAGACAUUGAGUGCUGAUCUUAGGGAUGGUCUGCGACUCAGUCGUGUCUUGGAGCUUUUGGCUGGCAAUCAGAGCAUUAUGGGAAAGCUGCGAGCCCCAGCUAUCAGUCGCUUGCAGAAGAUUCACAACAUGGAGGCUUUCUUUAAGGCCAUGUGUGAGAGGAGUUUGGACUUUUCCACCAUUCAAAGUAACCCAAUCACCCCUAGGGACGUGGUGGAUGGACACCGAGAGAAAACGCUCAUGUUGUUGUGGCACCUCAUUAUCCACUUCCAGAGCUCCAUCCAGGUAAACUUGGAGCAGCUGAAGGAAGAGAUUGACCUGCUCCUCAAGUCUCUGCAGCUAAAGCUGGCAAUGCAAAAAGUUGGAGUUUUAUCUUCAGAAGAAUGUCAAGCAAGACGAGACUCCGGAGAUACAAAGUUCCUGAUGGACAAUGAAAGAUUGCAGCUCAUUUUUCAGUGGUGUCGACUUGUUUGUCUACAUUAUGGGGUCAAGGUUGAAAAUUUCACGGUCUCCUUCUCUGACGGCCGAGCCCUGUGUUGCCUGAUCCACCACUACCACCCCGCCCUGCUGCCUCUCUCAGACAUCAGGUUCCAGACCUCGGUCAGCUUCCAGGAGGCUGCUGAGAGACAGUGUGAGGUGGAGAUGGACCCUGACGCCAGCAUGGACUGGGGUCAUGGGGGUGGCCUGGUCCCUAAUGAAAAUGAUCCAGAAUUGUUUGAGAGACUGUUGACCAAUGAGAAAACCAACUUUAAAACGUUGUAUGAAAAGGUGUCAGAGCUUGGAGGUGUACCUUUGAUGCUCAAGUCUGCUGACAUGUCCAACACCAUCCCUGAUGAAAAGGUCGUUUCGACCUACACGGCCUACUUGUGUGCCAGGCUUCUAGACAUCAGAGAGGAAGUGAGAGCUGCCAGAAUUAUUCAGAUGGUCUGGCGGAGGCGCCAGUUGGGGCGUGCCAUCAAAAAGAGACAGAUAAGGACAAAGGCUGCUGUAACAAUCCAGCGCUGGAUUCGACCAUUUCUUGCUAAAAAACUUCUGACCGAGCAAGCCAAAGCUGCCGUCUGUAUACAGGCUGUGUGGAGGAGUCAGCUAGCAAGAAGAGCAGCCAACAACCUCAGACAGGAGCGACUGGCAGCUGAAACGUUGAAGAAGGAAACCAGGUCAGCUGUGGUCAUACAGAGCUUGUGGCGUGCACACGCUGCCCGCAGACUGACCGCUAAGCUGAGGGAGGAGCAGCAGACAAAAACCUUGCUGGACAGACAAGAGCUGGCGGCCACUGUGUUACAGAAACACUUGAGGGGUCUCAAGUGUCGUCAAGACUUCCUGAGGCAGCGUGCUGCGGCCGUUAAAAUACAAUCCUUAUGGAGAAGGCAACUAGCCAGGAGAAAGGUGGCCAUGUUGAAAGUUGAGCUGAUGAAAAACUCCGCUGUUGUCAUACAGAAAUACAUGAGGCGCCAGAUUUGUAGGAACAGGUUCAACAAGUUGAGGGUAGCCGCUGUAGCUAUACAGAAAAACUGGAGAAUGUUCCAUGCCAAACAGCAGCUGCGAGCUUUGAGAGAGGCUCGUCUACAUUGUGCUGCAACAACAAUCCAGAAAUUUGUGCGCAGGCGACUGUGUGAGAGAAAAUAUAAAGAAAUGAAGAAAGCUUGCGUCACUGUUCAGUGUUGUUGGAGGCGUAAACUUGCCAGAGCUGAGCUGAAGAGACUGAGAACUGAGAGAGAGAACAGAGCGGCCAUCUUGAUUCAGAGCAUCUUAAAAAGUUGGAUCUUGGCUAGAUUGUUUGAGAAAAAGAAAAAAGCUGCCGUGGUUGUACAGAAAACCUGGAGGAGGUGUCUAGCAGAGAGGGAGCUGGUGAGGCUGAGGCGUGAGAGAACUGUCCGCGCUGCUGUUGUGGUGCAGAGUGUUGUCAGGUGUGUGGCCCAGCGCCAGGCCUUCAUCAGACAGAAGAAUGCCGUGGUCGUGCUCCAAAAACACUGGAGAAAGCACCAGGCGCUGAAGCUGUUUGCACAGCUACAGCAGGCCAGGGACAACAGGGCUGCUGUCAUUGUCCAAAGUGUUGUCAGGGCUGUUAGAGGGCGCAAGAUGUACCUGCGCAAGAAAAGUGCUGCCACUGUAUUGCAGAAACACUGGAGGAGAUGUUUGGCCCAGAGACAGCUGAGAGAGCUUCAGCUUGAGAGAAGAGCUAAAUCUGCCGUGAUUGUUCAGAGUGUGCUUCAAGCUGGCAUCCAGCGCAGGAAAUUUUUGUUGAAGAGAUCAGCGGUGGUUGUCUUACAGAAACACUGGCGGAGUGUUCUGGCUGAGAGGGAACUUGCUGGGCUGAAACUCAGCAGACACACACAGGCCGUCUUGGUUCUUCAGAAGGUUUGGAGAGGCCGAAUGAUGCAGAGGAGAUUCAUUUCACUGAGGAAAGCUGCUGUCGUCAUUCAAAGCUUUUGGAGAAUGCUGCUAGCAAAAACAGAAAUGGAAAGACUAAAAUUGGUUCGCAGGGAGCAAUGUGCAAUACUCAUACAAAAAUCUUUUAGAGCAUACAAAUGUCAGAAGGAAUAUCACAAAUAUAAAUCUGCUGUCAUUACCUUACAAAACUACUGGCGCGUAAAGCAAUCAAAAAGAAAAUUGAAGACACUUAAGUUAGAGAAAAUGGAAAGAGCUGCAGUUAAAAUUCAGAAGCACGUGAGAGGUAUGAAGGCAAGGAGGCAAUACUUGCAGGUGAGAGCCUCUACAGUCCAGAUACAGAGGUACUGGAGACAGGCACAGAGAGAGAGAAAACUCAGACAAGAAAAAAUGUUGACUGCCGUGGUUACCUUGCAGAAAUACUCCAGAGGCUGGCGAUGCAGGAAGAGGUUUAGCUGUCUGAAAAAAUCAGCGCUUGUCCUACAGUCACACUGGAAGAUGGUGCAAGCACGUAGGCUGAUGCUGGUUCUACAAUCACAGAGACAAAACAAGUGCGCAGUUCUCAUUCAGAAGACUUGGAAAGGUUUUACUUGUUUGAAGAGAUUUAACAAAAUGAAAGAUGCUGCCAUUACUCUGCAGUCAUGUUGGAGAAUGUACACACAGAGACAGAGCUACACUCGUGUAAGAGAGGCCACACUGAUCAUACAAAGCUGGCACAGAGCCAAUGUGUUGGCAAAACAUUGCAGGUCAGAGUUCAUAGGUCAGAGAAAAGCUGCUGUUUCUAUUCAAAGCUGGUGGAGGAGCAGGUACCAGAGACAAGAGUUUUUUAAAACAAGGCAGGCUGUGCUGGUUCUACAGGCCGGUUACAGGCGGUUCACCUGCAGACAGAAGUACCUGGCGCAGCAGCUGGAAGCCCUCACCCUCCAGAAGCGGUGUGAGAACUUGGCAGGUAAACAGCUCAAGCAAGCCACCAUCUUGGUGCAGAGGAGGUGGCGGGAAAUUUUAGGUCAGAGGUUGGAGAAGAGAGUUGCUGCUGCCAAAGUUUUACAGACAGCUUUUAGAAGAGUUACAGCUCGUAAAAAAUUCCUGUUAAAAAAGAAAGCUGCUUUAGUCAUUCAGACCAGACUGAGAGAGGUCAGAUUGGCAAAACAAAUACGCCAGAGAUUCCUACAGCAGAAACAGGCAGCAAAAACUAUCCAAUCAGCUUACAGGGUCUACAGGCUGAAAAAAGAAUACCUCCAUGUCUGUCAUGCGGUUGUCAAAAUUCAAGCCCUGGUGAGAUGUAGACUAGCAGUAAAAAAAUACAAGACCAUGAGAUCUGCCGCCAUUGUCAUUCAGAGACAUUACAGAGCUUUUGUUCUAGGCCAAGUUUUCAGGGAGGCGUUUGUCCUCAUCAGAAAGUCUAGUGUUGUCAUCCAGAGAUUCUACAGAUCUGUCAGGUCUCGCAGGCUGGCUCAGCAGGACAUUGACCUCCAGAAUUUGGCUGCUACUAAAAUCCAGUCCAUCUAUCGUGGGUGGAGCCAGCGCCAAGAUUUCUUGUUAUUACGUGCUGCAACAGUCUGUAUUCAAAGGCGUUUCCGCGCCCUUCAAGAGGGCAGGUGUGUCAGGAGAGAUGUGGAAAGAAUGAAGGCCGCCGUCUGCCUGAUUGAGAGGAGCAGGCUCAGCUUAAAGCAGAUCCGUGAAGCCAAGAAAGUUGUAGCAGACAGGAGAAAGGAAGUUGAAAGAGAGAUAGCCAGACAACGAGAAGCAGAGUUGUUGGAGAUUGAAAGAAAAAAUAAACUGCGCUUAAUUGAAGAAUUGAGAGAAGCUGAAAGAAUAAAGCGAGAGAAAUGUGCAUUUGUUUUACAAAGGAAUAUGAGAAAUUAUUUAGAAAAGAAGAGGAAGAAAAAAAGGCAGGCAGCUGCUACAACCAUACAAAAAUUUGUACGAUCUUUCUUGGCCCAGCAGAAGUUUAAGAGAAGCAUGCAACAAGUUUUGUUGCUGCAGCGCCUAGUGAAAGGGUUUGCUUACCGUAGGAGAUUUGAGAGGAUGCGUCUGGCUAGCAGGAUCAUCCAGGUGAGGUGGAGAGAAAUCUUAGAGGGGAGAAAACUUAGGAGAGAAUUUUUAACCUAUCAGGCUGCAGCUUUGAAAAUUCAGAGCCUCGUGAGAAUGAAACGGGAGAGAGAGAAAUUUGUGAGACUUUUGACUGCUGUGACUGUGAUACAAAGCUGUGUGAGGAGGUUUAUUGCCAGGAAAAGAUUUUCUUCAACCAGACGCUGUGUGGUGUGGGUGCAGAGGCAGGUCAGGCAGAAACAGCUGAUGAGAAGGGACAGGGACAGGUUUUUGAAGGUACGUCAGGCUGUUGUCAAAAUUCAGACAGUUGUGCGUGCUUGGAGGAAGGUCAGGGAGUUGACGAGAGACAAAUCAGCUGUUUAUGUUUACACCCACUGGUCAGUCUAUCAAGAAACAGUGACCAACACUCAGUGUUGUAGUCAAACUCUGACAAGUUUUAUGUUCACCAAACACCGGAAGAUGGAGAACAAAGUUCAGCACACCGCAGCUAGAAUCAUCCAAAGAGCUUAUCGUCUCUACAGACAUAAACAACACCAGGUGGAAGCUUCAGCAGCCAGAGUCAUCCAGAGAACAUUCCAGAAAUUUGUAGCAAACCAAAAGGCGAAGAGAGAGUUUGCCGCUCUCCUUGUUCAGAAAAAGCUGUCCUCGUCCGCUGCCAUUAUUCAGUCUGUGUAUAGAAUGUAUGCUGCCAGAAAGCGCUACCUAGCAUUCCGUCACUCUGUGAUCCUGCUUCAGUCUUUAGUCAGAGGGAAGAAGGCUAGACAGGAAGUGGAAGAGAUGAGGAAGAAGCAAAAAGCCUUGACCUUGGUGCAGGCAGCUGUGAGAGGGUUCCUUGUGAGGAAAAAGUAUUCAUAUUUUUUCCAGGCUGAAUUAAAUGAGAGAUUAAAUAUUCUUCAUGAAGAAAGGACGAGACAAAAGGCAUCUGUCAAACUUCAGGCUUUGUGGCGUGGUUAUGUGGCUCGCAGAGACUCAAAGAAUAAAAAGCUUGCCCUGACCAGAAGGCGUCUGCAAGAGGCAACCCGCGCUGCCACCUAUGAGCAAACCCUAGGCUCACGUACAUCAUCUGCCUUGGACUAUCUCUUGAAAGAAAAAGACCUGGCUUAUAUUCUGGAGGCUUUAAUGCAUUUAGAGGUCUCCACUCGACUCUCACCUGUGUGCUGUUUAAAAAUGGUGGAGGUGAAUGCUGUUUCUGUGCUGUAUCGCCUGAUCAACAGCUGCAACCGCAGUGUCCCCCACAUGGAGCUUAUAAAAUAUGCAGUCAACAUUCUACUGAAUUUGUCAAAGUAUGAUAAAACGGUGGAGGCUGUGAUAGAGCCAGAAGAGAGCAUUGCCACUAUUCUUGAGCUGCUGCAGAUCUUCAGAGAGAAAGGUCUCAUCUUCUUCAACAGCUGCAUGCUGUUGGGAAUCCUGGGCUUGAAGGAAGGAUGCAGAGUGCAAAUAAUGCAACACCCCCACAUUGUUGAAAGACUACAGAGUGUUCAUGCCCUUACGCUGCGCAAACAACGGGCCAACCAAACCAGGCAGGUAACCAAAGCCAAACUGGCAGCCAUGAAAUCCUGCAACUACACUCUUCCAGUAAUGACACCUUGCAAAUCCAAACGGCGCAAGAUUCAGCCAGCGUGGGUCCUGUCCAGGGAUAACAUUAAGGACUUUGAAGAUCCCUUGGCAGCUGUUACCUUUGUUAUGGAUGUUCUACACAUUGGGCCCAAAAUGUAAUAUCUUGACUUGUGCUUUUUUCUUUGUUACUUUUGACUUAAGUAAUGGCCAUUUUGAUGUGUGGACUUAAAUAGUUGAAUUCAGCAAGGGUAAAUGUUAAGUACAUUUGCUGGCCUGACUUGAAGUUGUCACAAUUUUAGUUAGAAGUAGGAAAAUAUUUAUUUAUGCAAUAAUUCCCCAUAUAUUACUAAAUAAAAUUAUGUAUAUCAUUCAAAUAUUUCUUAACUUACAUAAAAAUGUAAUCAAGCAUAUAAACAAGUAACUUUACCUAAUGUAAAUUUUAUAACUGUGUUUAACUUAUACUAUAGAGAGGUGGACAUCCAUUUAGGCGUGAAAGAAUUCUGACACUGUUAUUAAUAUAUACAUUUUAAAUGGUGCUUUCAAGUGAACCAAAAUCAAAACUAUAAAAGUUUUAAUUGGUGCUUUGUGUAAAUAAUUGUACAGUUAAACCCAGUAUACAUUCUCAGAGCAAUCUUACCAAAAUAAUUUUUAUACUUUUCUCUCCUUUUGCAUUUCAGCUCUUAAAGUACAAUUGUAGACUGUUGUUAGCUGUAUUUAAAUUGAGAAAUUAGAGAAACAAGAUAAAGAAUCAUAGGGAAUCAUAUUUAGAAACCCAUCAUUACCUCUUUACGGUAGAUGUAUUCAUGUUUCCAGUUUUUUGUUCAAAUUAUGCUGUGGACUACGUGCCUCAUCUCUUUCUUGCCUACUCUUUCACCUGACUGUCUUAUCUUUGUAAAAACUUGUCUCAAACUUUUUGUAAGUGUACAUGAUAACAAAUGAUAUCUUUUAUUCAUUAUUGUUUUAUUAGAAUGAUGAGGCUGGCACAAUUAGCAAGUUAAAAAACGCAUACAUUCAUACCAAACAAAAAUAUUUAAUGUUUGUAAAUACUUUUUUUGGAAUAACUAUCUGGUCUUUUUAAUUCACUUGUUGCAUUUUAAUGUGCCUUAGACUUUUUCAACAUCUUUUGCAGCAUUAAUCGUUUCUGCCUCUGAGUUGAAUAAACUUUUUGUUUUAUU